AUGUUAUUGUGGGUUUUGUCAUAAUUAGAAUUUGGAAUCAGAGAAAUUUAGAUGCUUUAAAAUUACCCAAAUAUGCUGCGAUUGGCAGCACUGUCACCUUGAGUUGAUGUCUAGUGGCGCCAUUUGACGUUGACAUCUCUGAGAAACCCCAAAAUAUGUCAACAUAAAUCAGCCAUAUUGAUUAUGUACCUUGCCAUCUAGUUGUUUAACUUAUUUUCCGAUAAGUGCAUUUUUUAAAGAACUAUGGAUGAUAGUCGAAGGAUGAAUGCAUCAGAUGAGGAAGAUGAUUUAGAAGCGUUACGACUGGUUGCUCUUCGAAGCCUUAAAAAACCUCCCGCAGCAAACCCAUCCUUCUCACAAAACGUUAAUACUAUAUUGCCUACCUGUAAAGUAGCUUAUAAGUUCAGAGGUGCAAAUAGGAAAUAUGGAAAUCACCCACAUGGUAAAGGUCGUUUUUUUAAUGGACGAGAGACUGCAAAAGAAAACAGCGUUGUCUACAGCAACCUCAUAUCUCUUACUCCACGUGAUUCCAUCGAAUAUGCAACAUCUAAACAACAGACUAAAACUGAUUCAGUAUUUCUCCCGCAAAGCAGAUAUAACAGUAAUAGCCAACAGGAGGCAAAGGGCGAUAAAGCAUCUAGCAAAUUUGACCGUUAUCGAGAUACUGAUAAAUCGGAAGAUGAAGAUUCUGAAGAAGAAACGCUUAAAAUGGAUUCGGAUGAUGAGCUGUGCAAGCUGGAGAGGGCUGACAGCUUAGAAGCCCUAAUGCAGGAGUUGGAUGAUGAGAUACAAGGCAAAGCUAAGUCAAAAGAAAUUGAUGAAACUCCUAGCGUGGUAGAUUCUGAAAGUGAACAGAAAAACGAGCCUUCGACAAGUGAAAGUGAAGAUAAAAAAUAUAUUGUUGUUAAGUCAGAGGAAUUGGGUACUUCAAAUGAGCAGUUGAUAGAAAAAGUGGACCAACCAACAUCUGAACAAACAGAACCUGUGGCUAUUAAAGAAAAUAAUAAUUCAAAUAAAGCGAUAGAUAACUCUUCGACCUCGGAAUCGGCAUUGAAAAAGCGAAGGCACAACAUACCAUUUCAACGAAAUUUUCGGGGCAUUAGAGGACGUCAUCGUGACUACAAACCGACUCCUCACUUAUUUAAGCAGCAAUAUUUACCUCAAAAUGGUGCAAUGCACCAUUUUCCAAAUCUUCAAGCUGUAUUUCCUAAUCCACAAUUUGGACCUCCGCCUAUAAUAGUUAAUUCACCCCCCUUCUUUGAUAUGCCGCUGCCUCCUUUACGUGUUGAUACAACGCAGAACUUACCAACCCAGAUGAUGGCGCCGUUAUCACCCAGAAGUGCAGCAUUUGUUCUACAAAAUAGGGCAAUAAUCGAGAAAAGAAAACGAUCUCCAAGACGAACGUAUUCAAGAAGUCCUUCACCCAGAAGCCGAUCUAUUAGUCCUAGAAACCCACUAACCACUCCACGCAGAAGAUCAUUGUCUCCACGAAAACGAUCCACAUCACCUAGGCGAAGAUCGUUAACACCUAUUAGGAAUAGAUCCCCUCCGCUUUUGAGAAAAUCCUCGCCUAUUUUGAUGAGGAAGAGGUCACCUUCUCCUUUGAAGAAAAGAUCCCGAUCACCCAGAAGGCGAUCAAUAACCCCUAAAAAAAGAUCUUCAAGUCCCAAAAGAAGACCUCUCAGUCCAAGGUUGCGGAAUUCGAGUCCUAAGUCAAGACCGUUCAGUCCGAAACGGCGCUCUGCCAGCCCGAAAAAGAGAUCUACAUCUCCAAGGAAACGAGAAAUAAAAGAUUCGGAAAAUGGGUCUAAGAACAAGCUAAGCAUUAGAGAUCGACUUGGAUUCAAGAAUUUGUCAAAAUCCGAAGAGAAGCUCGCUUUGGACAAAUCAAAUGUAGAUCGAAGUCCUCAAAAAGAUGUAAAGCUAUUCACAGAUCCUGUUCUGGAGGCUAGAAAGAAAAAAUUCGAAUCCAAAGAGAUGAAAGUCAGAGAGGGUGUGAUCAGGUUGAAACCUAAAGAUGAUGCAAAAUCAGAAGAGAGUAUUGAAAAGGAGUGUGUUAAAGCAGAAAGUCCGAAAGAAGUGGAGCCAGUAGCAGAACAUGCGAUCACGACGAAAAUGUGUGAAGUCGUGAAAGAGUUGAUGGAAGUUGAGCCAUUAAAUGAAGACAUUCUUCUUCAGGAUGAUGCUUUGGAGCUGGAUGCUCAUUUGGAUUUAUUUUCCGAAGAAGAUUCGGAUAAUGAAAAAAAAAGCUUUUUUAAAGCCAAAGAGAUCAGCGCUAAAACAUGUGAAAGUUACCCGUCUUCAAAGCUGAUAAAUGGAGAGAAAAACGAGCAGAAAACGAAGCACAUAAAAGACUCAAAGGGAAGUAGAAGUAAUGAAAGUAGUGGAAUAAAUAAAAGGAAGAGACGAGAAAUCUCGCCUGUAAACUCAACAAAACGAUCAAGGACAACGCAAUCGCCUAGGGCUGAUAAAUCAGUGGCUUCGAAAAAGCUUGGAGUAAAAUCUGAACGGCAUCCUAAAAAAUUCGAUCGAAAAAUCGAAAUAAAAAUAAAAAAUCCAUCCAAAUAUGAACGAGCUGAUAAAUUAGACGAUGCAAAGGAGAUCAAAGUGGAGAAACACAGGAAGCAGGUGAAAGAAGAAAUUCAGCAGAAUAAUAACGAUGAUGAUGAGGACCAUGCUCUCGUUAUUGAAAAUUUAGCUGAAUCGGAAAUCAGACCCAAUGAUGAAGGAGACUUGCGAGCCCAACUGAGCAAAAAAAGGGCGGAAAAGUUAAAUAAGCACAUUUCCCGCAAAGGAGUUACUUCUAGAUUAUUACAAAAUGCGCUAGAAAAUGCACUACCGAUUAAGAAACAUAAGAAAUCAAAAUCCAAGGAACUGACUAGCAGUGCAGAUGGAAAAUUACCAAUUCACCUAAGGUUGGGGCUGGCGUGUGGGUCGGAGAUUUUCACAAAAACCAAAAGGAAAUCCAAAAAUCGGAAAAGCGACGAAACAGAACAUCAGCCACAGGAAUUUGAAUUACGAAGAUUCAAUGUUAGACUAGUUUCUCUUUAAGUAUAUUAAUUUAUUUCGACAUCUUUUGAAUGGUAUUGUAUAUAGUAUAUAUUCAAAAUACUUAUUGUCUUGAAAGUAACAGAAAUAACGGCCAAACUGUUCGCGUGUCAUAUUUGUUCGAUGAAAUUUUUUUACAUAAUCCCUGUUGUGAUAUAUGUACUUUUUACUAUACUGAAGGGCCAUUUCACAAGUAGCACUAAAUCGUUAGUAAGUUCGAAGGAAACAAAUUGAAUAUAUAUUCCGUUUUUAAUUUCAUUUUGUUUUUACUUUCAUUGUUCAGUUAUUCAAACAAUAUGUCUAGUCCUUUUGGAAUUAUUUCUAAUCAAAAGUUUCUUCGAAAUAUAUUGAUUUUGUAGACCACAAUAUUAAUAUAAACAUGAUACGUCUAUAAUACAAGCGCCAAAAGUAACAUUUUUAAAAUCAAAUAUUGCUUAAUCUUUAUGGUAAUUGGCAAAAUAUGGUGCAUGUAUGUAGUGAAAAGUACAUAUAGUACUAUUGUAUAUCUUUCAGUUUUUGUCUUUGCCAUUGAUUUUAUAUCUACAGUACUACAAUAAUUUAUAGUUUGUAGCAUUGCUUUUAUUAGAAAUAUUUGUUUUGAUUCUCCUUCAAUAUGUUUCGUACAAGACCUGAAUGUAAUGAGUAUGCUUUUCAAUAUCUUUAAACUAAAGAAGCAUUGACUUUGGGACCAUGGUAUAUACAGGGUGUUGCACAAUGUACCGUACAAAUUUAAGAAAAGUGUUUCUAGGGUCAGUUUGAGCAAAAUGUGUGAUGAAAAUCGGUUUCUUACAGUUUUGGUUGUGGUUAGAUAAUUUCUUAAACGUUUCAAUACAACUGGUAUUUGAAAUAAAGAGCGACUGAAAGGGAAAAACCUAAAAUGAACAAUUUUUAUGUACAUAAUGUAUAUAAUUUGGAAAAAAUAUCUAUAAAAACGAUCAAGAAAGCUUACUAGAAAUAUUCUGCUGUUCUGGUACUUAAAUGUUCAGCAGUGGAUAGAGUAAGCUCGGGAUUUCAACUAUAUUUUAUAUUUUUAUACUGUUGCUGAUCGUUUUUCCUGCUUAUAACAGAAAUUAUUGUGGUAAUGUAUUUAACUAAUAUACAGGGUGAUUCACAACCUCAUGGACACAGAGCAGGUACGUGUAGAGGACCUCAAAACAAGUUGA